UUUGUUUUAUACAACAUGAAAGAAACGUCUUUCCGUCAUGGCGGAGAAUGUUUUCGUUCCGUGAUACGCCGACUCGCGAUCGCAACGCUCAUCGAUUCGGCCGGUCGCCGACACGACGACGACGACGACAACAACGACGACGUUACAUCACGCUCGAUUCGGUGGAAGCCCAACGAUCACUCCGCGAUCAUGGACACGCGCGGCAUCGAGGUCACGAAUCAGCUUCGGAGUGCUAUCCGUGCCAAGCUUAUGGAAUUGGGGGUCCGUUACGACGAAGAGUUGCCUGACUACAUACUGGUAAUGGUGGUCAACAAGAAGUCCCGUCAACAGAUGCACGCCGACCUAAAUCUAUUCCUGGAGGAUUGCACGACCAUAUUUGUGGAUUGGCUGCAUGAUCAGGUGCUCAAAAAGCUACAGAAGGUCACGGUAGCCAAGAAGAAGUCCUCUCGUGAAUUUGUGCCUACCAUAGUGGUGAAACAGGAGGAAGAGAGAAAGAAGAGGAAAAUAUCCGCGACCUCAUUCCUGGAGGAUCAUGUGGUGGAACAAGCCUCAGGCUCGGACAAAAUUGCUAAGGGCCAGGACAAGCAGCAAGCGGCGCAAAAGCAGCAAAUAACGCCAAAAUCUUCCGAACUUAAUCAAAAAGAACCAGAACGAAGUCACAGCAGAAGCGCGGAGAGAAGUGUGAAGAGUACGCACGGUAAAAGCAAAACAGAUGAAGCGUCAUCGACUCACAGCGGCAGUGGAACGUCCUAUCAAGACACUUCCUCGAGGAGACCACAGCAAAGUUCCGGGCGCGACGAGAAUCCGAGGGACGUCGCCGCGUCGGAAAAUCCUACUACGAAGACCACUGCAGACUCAUAUCGUGAUCCGAAGGCGAGCGAGGCGCCGGAUAAGAGUCUCAAGAGAUCGUUAGAACAAUCGUCGAGCAAUCGUCACGACAGCACGACGGAAAAAAAGAGUAACGAGGCGAAGCGGCCGAAGCCGUCCGAGGAAGAAGAGAACGCAAACGCGUCGUCGUCAUCCUCACCGGACACAGCUUUGAGAAAGCUCAAGUCUUGCGUGAACAAGCCGAGGAUCACGUCGGUCGUGUCGGUGAAGAACCGGCUCGGCGUGAUAUCGCCACGAAAGAAAUUCGAGACCUACAGGGAGAAGGAGGGCAAUGGUCGCUACCGCCCAUUGGAGAAGCGCCCAUUCGAGAAGCCACAUCGCUAUGACAAUGGCGGACGCGGCGGAGGAAAGGGUAGAAACUUCGAGACGGAUGACCGGACAGGCUCCGGACGGCGAAACCGCGACGGCGACUCGUCGCGGCAUCAUGAGGCCGCGAACAAAGUCAACGACGUGAGGAGUCGGAUAGAGAGCAGCAAAAACGAGAGGCUGAACAGAAACGUGGAAUCCACCAGAGAGAGAAUUCCAAAUUCAAAUUCUAAAACGGACGCGUCCUCUAUAAAAAAAUCUGCGAGCACCAUUAAGGAUCGUUUGGGCGUCGCGGGUAUCAACAGUAAACCCCAGCGACCGUCUGUCAAAUCGCAAGAGGCGGCGAAUUAUAGAAACAAUCCGAAGAGCGUGGAGCAAGCGGGAAGCAACAAUAAGAACAUCAAGGACAGGCUCGGCCCAUUGAGGAAUAAUUUCAGACCGGUGCAUAAGCAAAGACAGCUUCGUGGUGGCGAGGAAGAUGAGUCUCUGGACCCUCUGAAUUCCGGCGUCAACAUAGGCGAAAGGGAAGAGGAGAAAGAGGACGAGGACGAGGUGGACAACGACGAGCAGUCGUCGAUCGGACCCGUGAAGUCGCACAUAGUUGCCGUGAACAGAUCCGCAACCUCCGCGGUUACGAGGAUCGAGAGGAAACGCAUGAAAACGUCGAAUGAGAUUCCGUUCAACGUGACUCAGAGUACCAGUUAUUCAGGAGGACACGGAGGCGUAAAAUCACAGCUGGACAAAUUGGACAAAGAAACGUCCAGCGACAUGGACGAGGAUACCGACGACACGAAACUGCCGAGCAAAGUAAUCGUCACGCCAAGACCCUUGAAGCCGCUGCAGCCGACGCAAAAGCGCGCCACACAGUCGCUAUUGUUGCGAGCAGUCGCGGAGGCUAAUCAGUCGGUCGUCACGCAAAAAAAUCCGGAACCGUCUCUAUUCGACAAGAAGCCAGUCUUAAAGCGUCUUAAGCCUGCCCCAGCUCGUGAUGUAAGUCAAAACUUGUCGGUACAUUUUAAUUCUAAUAAGAGACUGGUUAUGGAAAAGAUUCAAGUCGAAUUAAAUACGAUAGAUCAUCCGGAUGUGGAAGACGUCGAGCACGAGCCUUAUGUACCUCAACCGGUAACAGACGAGCAUAUGGGAGUCGUGAUGUCGUUGUUCCAAAGGAGCGAUGACAAUCAAAAAUUCUUAGUUACUCUAAAUGGAUACAACAACAAUCUUAUGAAAGAGAAGUUCAGCUCCGAGGAUGACGAAGAGCGGCUGGAGAUGGAGGUGAACGAGGACGAUGAACUCGCACUGUUGACGACGCACAACGACUCGACGACGGCAGAGGAGAUGGCGACGACGAUGGCGCAAGACAAACUGGAAAUGAGUACAUUUAGAAUAACGGAUGGAACGGAAGAUCACAUGAAUGCCAGCCCGAAAGAGGCGAGCGGAGAGGAGAACAAUGAAAAUUGCAACACAGAGAACGUGGACAAGACUGAUGAAGUGCCGCGUAGACGGAGAAAAUUAAGCCCUAUAGUAUAUAAUAGAUCUCCUAGUCCCACACAAUUGAAAUCGAAUGCAUCGCUAGUACCGACGUUAGCCGCUAAACCCCCAGAUAAAAUAAAACCAUUGGUAGAGAACACGGUCUCGGUCGUUUCAGACAAAUCCAGGGAAAAUUGUAGGUAUUGGCCAAAUUGUACGUUAGGGAACAAAUGCGCGUAUCUUCAUCCUCCUGUUAUGUGCAGUGCUUUCCCGGCAUGCAAGUUUGGUGACAAGUGCGCUUACAAGCAUCCUAAGUGCAAGUUCGGUUUAUCUUGCACGAAACUUGGUUGCGUGUUCUCGCAUCCCACCCAGCAGUGCAAGUAUCAUCCGUUCUGCACGAAACCGGCGUGCCCGUAUUCUCAUCCGAUUACUUCCGCUCCGGUAACAGAAAUAACGACCCAGCGGGCAAAGUUUACUUGGCGGCGACGAGAUUGAGCGUAACUCUGCCAGUAUACAAACCUGAGCAUGUCAUUCUGAUCGGAUCGACAUACUGAAAUUGACGAGAAAGUUAUCGCAGUAAAGCUAACUGUGCGAUUGAAGAAUAAGUCUAAAAAGAAAAAAAGUCGGUACAAUUGUGAUUUAUUACCAGUCUUAUUGCAGUCUUACGUUCUCUUAAAUAACUCAAGACAACAAGAUAGAAAGAACAUUUUUUGAAAAGCUUUGAAUGGUGAAAAUUGUUUUAUUUUAAUUAUGUAAAAUCAAAUUUUAAGAAAUACUUGCUGAAGCUUUAAUUUGAUUUAGGAUCGCUGAUUUAUAUAUAUUAUAUAUAUAUUUCCCUGUUAAUUAUCGCACCUUUAGAUUCUAAGAUUGCGUGCGCCAUCAGUCCGAGCUGGGCGAUCUGCUGCCAUUAUAGAUCAUAUAUUCUACUUAUAUAAUAUGAAGGAUUUUAGGUUUAGUUAUUCAGGGCUAAGCGAUCCAAUUAGUCUUGGGAUGAUCAUAAAACUCGUUCUCCUUUAGAAUUGACCUCAAUGAGGUAAUUUCAUCAUCUCGAUUUAUGUACGGAUAUGUGUUCGAAAAUGUGCGCUUCUAGUAUCAUUAAUAUAUACAUAUUAUUCAUAGUAAACGGCCAGAAGAUUGGUAAUUAGAUCUGCUCUUUCUAGCCGUUCUUUUUGUAGUUUUGCGUUUUUUAAAAUAUCUUUCUUUUUGUUUCCACCGAAAUUUCAUCGAAGUGAAAGUGCGCAUUUCGCUUCAGAUAAACUGAAAAAAAAAUACAAGAGGAUAUAGUUGGAAAGAACAGAUCUACAUAGUAUUAUUUUACGUCGAAAGCAAUAUAAUGAUCUUUGUAAACGAGAACCCGUUGGCGUUAUAGUGAUUAACUGCGUGCUCGUUUUAGAAUUAUGCGAGUGAGGUCUCUUUGCCAAGAGUUUAUAAUUGCGAUUCGAACAUCCUCGCCGAGUGACUUAAUCAGGUUUCGAGUGGCCAAAAAGCAUGCGGUUGCUUUAACAUGUAUGCCGCGCACUCGGUGCUGCCUCCACGGUCGAGAGGAGGCAUUGUAAGAGUAUCAAAUAUUCGACCACAUGUUUAUGUAAUUUAACACGAAUUGUAUAGGAUCUCAUAUAGAGAGCGAAGGUGGUUCUACAUUAUUUUAUCUAGUGCUAGUGAAUGCUCGUGCAUGAGAUGUAUAUUAUUCAGACUUGUCAUUAUCAGAAACAAAUAUACGAUGAUUUCUGUAAAAUGCA